AUGGAAGACGCCGACGACGACCAGUUGAGCACGCGCUACGCCGCCGCCAAGUACGCCUUCCUCCUCCCGCGCAUUGAAAUGCAGGAGGAGGAGGAAGGGGAGGAAGGGGAGGAAGGGGAGAACGAGGAGCAUCCCGACCUCGUACCGGCCGACCGGCAGCCCCGGCCCCCGUGCCCACUCUCGGAGACGGCCGUGGGGCACGAGAGGGAGCUGCAGGGGCGAUGGGACGGAGGAGUGCGUGCGGCCGUGGCGGUCGGCCUCGUGGCGGAGGGCGGCUACCUGCACCGCCCCAAGCCCCGCAUCCUCGCACGUUUCGAGAAUCAGCUCUUCUGUGGGCGGUUUAGCGAGGAUGGCGACGUGUUUGUGUCGGCGUGCCAGGACAGGCACAUCCGGAUCUACGAUGCCGCCGGCCCCUCCUUUCGGCUGCUGCGGGACGUGGGCGCGCGCGAUGUCGGCUGGAGCAUCCUCGACACGGACAUCUCGCCCGACCGCCGCCACCUCCUCUACUCCUCCUGGAGCGACUUCAUCCACCUGGUGGAUAUCUCCGACGACGCUGCGCAGGAUGGGCAUCACGAGGCCCUCGACCUGAAGCCCCGCGCCCACCGCUUCUGCGUGUUCUCGCUGCAGUACUCGCACGACGGCUCCGAAGUCCUCGCCGGCUCCUCCGAUCAGUCGCUCUACAUCUACGACCUGCACCGACGGGAACGCACGCUGUGCAUCGACGCCCACAGCGACGACAUCAACAGUGUGAGCUGGGCCGAUGAGACCUCCCACAUCCUUUUCUCCGCGAGCGAUGACUGCUUGUGCAAGGUGUGGGACCGGCGGGCGCUCAAGGGCGGUAAGCCCGUCGGAGUGCUGGUGGGUCACCUGGAGGGGAUCACCCACGUCUCGUCCAAGCGCGAUGGGCGCUACCUCAUCACCAACUCCAAGGACCAAUCCAUCAAGCUGUGGGACCUGCGGAGCAUGCGGCAGGAGAGCCGCGGACAGGAGCGGUCGGCUACGUUCGACUAUCGGUAUGGGGAUCAGUACGUCUCGCCCACCCAGCGCAAGAUCUUUGAGGGCAAGCUCGUGCACGCCAACGAUUGCUCCAUCAACACCUACCGCGCGAUGAUGGCCCAGGUAUUCCAAACGCUGGUGCGGUGCUACUUCUCUCCCGCGGCGGGCACGGGCCAGCGGUACAUCAUCUCGGGCUCGCACGACGGGGCAGCCGUCAUCUACGACCUCCUCUCUGCCGAGCCCGUUGCUCGCCUGCAGGCCCAUAAACGUGUGGUGCGGGAUGUGGCGUGGCACCCGCACCAACCCCGAAUCGUGACGACUUCCUGGGACGGCACCCUUCGCGAAUGGGUCGCCACGCCCGACGUCACCCCCAUGCUCCUCGAAUGA